AUGAAGGCCACACAGCCAGAAAGAACAACACUAUUCAAGAAGGAGGCCAAUGGCGCUGUCUUUCGGACUCCAUCUCUCAUCUACAUCAAAGAAGAGAACACAUUUUUGGCCUUUGCUGAGAAACGCAAGGGUGAGGACGAAGCCAUGGCCGAUUUCCUGGUGAUGAGAAGAGGAAUCUACAAAACGGGAUAUGUGACGUGGGAAGGUACCCAAACUCUGCAUGAUCUCUGCCCAAAGAAUCACCGCAUGAUGAACCCUUGUCCUGUCUAUAAUGAGAGACAAACCAAGUUCUGUUCUUAUUCUUUAACUCCAUACCCAGUGGGGUAACCGAGAAACGCAUGAAGAAGUGGGGAAACUCCAGCAAACUCUGCUACGCCACCAGUAAGGACUGCGGGAAGACAUGGAGCUUAGUGACCAAUAUAACAGAGGUGUUGAAUGGCAUUGACAACAUGGCCACCUUCUUCUUGUCUCCUGGCCACGGUAUCCAGACAGAUUCUGGAAUAAUGGUAGUCCCUGCUUACGUCUACGUCGCAAAAUGCUGGUGUAUUCAGUACUGUUGCACAAAAUCCCACUCGUUUUACCUCUACAGUAAGGAUGGGGGCAGCAGGUGGAAUGUAUCAGAAAGAAUCAGCAGGUUUGAGUGUGCCGAAUGUCAGAUUGCAGAAAUAGUCUGCGAAGGUAAACAGAAGAUGCUCUACUGCAAUGCUAAAACCCCAUCCAAGUACAGGGUGGAGGCACUGACACUGAACGCUGGUGGUGAAUUCAAAAUGACUGACAAAAGUCGAAAGCUGAAAGACACCGGGGAUGGAGGAUGCUCCGGGAGCAUUGUAAGCUUCCCAGGGAUUGACCAACCAGAUGAGGAAGGCAGUUACUGGCUUCUAUAUUCUCACCCUGCUAAGAAAGACCGCAGAGAGCUUGGCAUCUUCUUAAAUAAAUCUCCUCUGACAUCAGAAGCUUGGUCCAAGCCAUGGGUGAUUCACGAUGGCCCAGCAGCUUAUUCUGAUCUUGCCAGGUGCCAUGAGGCCAAUACCUUUGCCAUCUUAUUUGAGAGUGGGACCGAGAAUGCUUAUGAGGAGAUCAAUUUUUGUCUUUUCACUGUGGAGGAUGUUUUGGAGAACAUCAAUAAGAAGAAAAGCUUCUUCUCCAGAUUUAAGAAAUAA